AUCUCCAAUCGGCGUUGAGUCCGCGUCUCACAACCUUCUCAUCUGGCUUGCAAUCUUUGAACCGCACAAUGGCUCCGUUAUUUGACGAUGGAGAGUCAAUCAGAGUGGCUCGGCAGCACUUUGUCACAGCCAUGACAGCCAAGAACGCAAUGCCACCUGAGAGACCGGUGAAGAUGCUCAUUGAUGCUCUAUUUGUAGCCCUCAAUACAGGUGCGCCCAAGGAUAUCCAGGUUUGUGAAGCCGAAUCGAAGGACUCCGAUGCCUUUGGCGACGAUCUACUCACCGCCUGCCUUACAGCGUGCCAAAAUAUGGAUCAUAGACUACAUUCUGCCUUCCUCCGAGCGGACUCAUCUGUUCCACACCUUCUUCGUAACACUAAGCAGAGCAUUUCAGGACGGAGUCCUUCCAACGUCAGGGAAUCGGUUUGAAAGGUCGAAAGCAUCCCAUAAGCCUGGUGAUCGCAGCAAGUCCGUACCAAACGAAGCCCCAGCCCUCGCCGCACAGAGGAAGCGUCUCAAUAUGCUCAAUGUUCUGAGCGAUGUGCUGGCUACGAUGUUCCCUUCGCAGCUAGAGAUCCCGCGAAAGGAGCUGCCGCUCAUUGAUCGGACGUCUAUUAUUUAUGAGCUUAAGCAUCAUCUCAUCAUUCUUACCCAACUGGCAGCUGUCCCCCCAGCGCAGGCUGCAUACAGAAAUGAUACGCCAGAUAUUGACGGGCAUAUCGUAAAUGUGCUCAUGCCAAAUUGGAUCAAACGUGGCAUCUUUGCUCCGCAAGAAUUGGACUCACUCAAAACGGCCAUCGAAUCUCACGUUCACAAGGACAUCGACCAAGUGGCAGAGGAGCUGAAGCUGGAUCAAGAGAUCGAUGUGGUUGCUUCUGUCGCCGUUCUGGACGCCAUUAGCCUCGACAAGGUCUUGCCGAGCCGACAUCACCUUCCUGAUCACCCUUCGGCAUCAUGGGACAUUCUACCAGCGAUGAAUGGUCUGUUUCUACGAAGAAUUCGUGGGUUCCCGCUUCGAGCUGGUGGGCUUCAGAACGGCUUAUUGCUUCAAAAUGCAGGUGCGUUUUCGUGAUGACUGUCACGAUGAGGUGCAGCAUUUUCAUACGAAUCACGUUCCGGCUCUUGUUGCAAUCUAACACUUCAGUGCAGGACAAAGGUCUUCGGAACAAACCAAGAGGGACAUCAUUACAACGUACACUACAGCCACACGCUUGACGCGUCGAUUCACUGCGGCGUCCGGGAUUGCGGAUAUUGACGAGCUGGGAAACGUGAUACCCACUCAACGUGAGUAUGUGGACGAUGACGACAAGUCGGAUUCUGCUGUGAACGUUCGCU